GUCACCGCGCUCGGGGGGGCGGUACGUAAGCUUCGACGGGGCCCGCCUGUCCCGCCUCAGAGCCGAGUUCUGCUUCGCCGUGGCGAGCCGGGGCCUCCUGCUUGCUUCCCGUAAGGCCAGGAUGCGGGGCCUGGUGGUCGCUUUCCUGCUACAGACCAUCGCAGGGUCGGGCGCAUUCACCAGCGGGAGAAGACAUGUGGACCCCGAAACGAACAUGAACAUCAGUCAAAUUAUUACCUUCAGGGGAUACCCUAGUGAGGAGUAUGAAGUGACAACAGAAGAUGGAUACAUCCUGUCCAUUAACAGAAUUCCUUAUGGAAGAAAAGGUCUGGAGAAGAGCAAAGGUCCGAGGCCUGCUGUGUUUCUCCAGCAUGGUUUGCUUGCAGAUGCCAGCAACUGGAUCACGAACUUGGAUUACAACAGCCUUGGUUUUAUGCUGGCAGAUGCUGGCUAUGAUGUAUGGCUGGGAAACAGCAGAGGGAACACCUGGUCCAGGAAACAUAUACACUACACGGUGAAGCAAGAGGAAUUCUGGGUUUUCAGCUUUGAUGAAAUGGCUAAAUAUGACAUUCCAGCCUCAGUGGACUUCAUUUUGAAGAAGACUGGCCAAAACCAAAUAUUUUAUGUUGGCCAUUCACAGGGCACCACAAUGGCUUUCAUUGCUUUUUCAACUUUGCCACAGCUGGCUAAGAAGAUCAAAAUGUUCUUUGCCUUGGCACCAGUAGCUACAGUCAAGUUUGCCACUAGUCCUCUGGUAAAAUUGGGAGUGUUUCCUGACAUGCUACUCAAGGAUAUGUUUGGAAAGAAGCAAUUCCUCCCUCAGAAUUUUUUGCUGAAGUGGCUUGCUACCCAUGUUUGCACCCACAGAAUACUUGAUGACCUUUGUGGCAAUGUGUUCUUUCUUUUGUGUGGUUUUAAUGAGAGAAACUUGAAUAUGAGCCGAGUGGAUGUAUAUUCAACACACUGCCCAGCAGGGACAUCUGUACAAAACAUGAUCCACUGGAGCCAGGCUGUGAAGACUGGGGAACUCAAAGCUUAUGACUGGGGAAGCAAGGCUGCAAAUAUGGCUCACUAUAACCAGUCUACUCCCCCAUUCUACAAGAUAAAGAAGAUGACUGUACCAACCGCGGUGUGGACCGGCGGACAAGACUGGCUGGCAGACCCCAAGGAUGUUGCUAUGCUGCUCACUCAGAUCACAAACUUGGUUUACCACAAAAACAUUCCAGAAUGGGAACAUCUGGAUUUCAUCUGGGGCCUUGAUGCCCCUUACCGCAUGUAUAACGAGAUAAUUAACAUGAUUAGGAAGUAUCUCUGAACCUGCAUGGUGUUUCAGAGUGUCAGUUCACCAGGAAUCCACCUCUCUGGGACAUGCUUUUCUGGCAGCAAUGCUACACUGGGUUUUUAUCAUGCAUUUUUAAAAUGCCGGCAACGACUGCUGAAUUGGAUUCAUAGUUGGUUUGUUUUUCUCAGUAUUACUUCUCUCUCCUGCAGAAACCCUCGAUGUGUCCCUCUGAUUUUGCACACAGUACUUAACAAAACAGCAGUGUGGUUUUGUUCAAAAGGAGUGUAUCAUGCGUCCGUAAAUGUAGUGACGUGUCUGAAAGACGAGAUAAUCCAUUCAGCACCUCCUGUGCUUGAUGAUUAAUAAGUAUUUCAGUGUGCAUGGAACACUGCCAUCAUCUGUCAUUUCUGAGUACCUUGUGGAAGUACUUCUUGUACUGCAGUGAUCCAUUUGGUGUUGGUACUUUCAAAAGCACUUAGUGACUUUUUUUGGGUGGUGUUAUUUUAGCCAUCGCUUACAAGCUAGCUAUGUCAUAUUACUUUAUUUUUCAAUGUUGGCCAAAAGAACUGUCAUGAAGCCAGAGGUCAUCCCCAUUGUCAGGAUGCAGUCUUCUAUUUUGGGACUGAUGUAUUGCUACAUUUUUCUUGAUUUAAUGGUGUCCCUGAAGCCUUUUGUGUUUCACAAGCCAUCUAUGAAUAAAGAUUGUUGCUUGCCCAUGAAGAUUCCUGGAACAAGAGAAGCAGUUAAAAGAAAUAACCACUUUCACUUAGGUUUGUCAAUAGAUUAUGGCUUUCAAGAAGAAUGAUGUAAUAUACUCAUGUUUUGUUUUCUUUGCACUGACCACUAGAAAACAAGCGGGUGAGGGAAGAGCCAAAGCACUGAUUCUAUAGCUUGAGCCACUUAAUUUGCCAAUGGACUUCUCUUAAUCAUCUGCUGCUUUGAAGAUCUAUUUACUUCUUAGCUACUCAUGUGGUGCUUGCCACCAUGGUGUUCAAGAACCACACAACACCCUUGUGAAGCCUGACAGUAUUAAAGGCAGUUUUCAGUUGUCUCCAUUUCAAUUCAGAAUGGGGCUAAGCCCUCAUUUAGUGGGGCAGAUGAUUCACAUCAUCUUUAGGGAACUGACUUUGGAGCUGUAAUUCUGUAGUAUAGGUGCCUUGCUCUUUCCAUUGACUAUGCAGAGGACUGCGCUCCUCUGCUUUGCACAAAAGUUCCAUACCAAAUGUUGAUGUAUGAGCAACCUCUCGAGUCAGUUGCCUCUCUUCAGGUGAUCAUCUCUGUGCCAUGGUUGGAUUCAACUCAGAUUUUUGUCUCUAAUCCAAACAGAAUUACAAAAAUCUUUGCUACAUGGCAUAGCAAAUAGUGCAUUUUUAAUCGAGGAAAACUUUUUUGUUUAAAAAAAAAGAAGUGCAAAAAGAUACACAAGCUGUAAAUUAGGGUUUGUUGGUUUGAAUUUGUAUUGGUUUUUUUAAUUGAGACUCAGAGAAUCCUCAGGCUGUGUUAAGGAAAAAGUGGUUCGUGGUAUUUCAGUUGCAAUUCCUAGCAGGACUUCUGUUUUCUUUUAUAACAGCCAUACUUACUUCAUCUUGCUGUGCUGAAAGGAAGUAUGUGUAGGAAUCUGAAGUGGCCAACAUAGCAGUUGUGAAGGUAUGUGAUACAGCAAGAGCUAUGUGCAUCACGAAUACUAAGCUUGAGAUCUUUCAAUAAACAUGAGACCUGCUUGGAGUUCAGAGCCUUGUGUUGUUUCACUUGUUUCAUGAAUGCAUGUGACUCUCUGGGGCAGAAUCCUGUCAGCUGAGCCUGGUUUUCACAAAUACUUAUGCAUAGAACAGGUACAAU